AUGGAGGCAGACACGGAGAUGAGAGAUGCCGCCACUCUCUCAGAUGCGGAUUCUCUGGCGUCUACUGCUCCAAGUGAGCAGGAUUCAGAAUAUGAAGUCGAAGAGAUUCUUGCAGAGCGCUCUUCACAUCAAACGGGCAAGAAGAAGUUCUUACUUAAAUGGGCCCACUAUCCCAUCGACCGAGCCACAUGGGAGCCAGCUGAAAUGUUCCUAGAGAUGGACGACACCAUGCUUACGUGGAAGGAAAAAAGACGAAGAGUUGCAGCGGGCAUGGAACAAGAUUUCGAUGUGGACAUCUGGAGAAGAGCUAAACAUGACCGCGAACGUGAAACUCGGAGACGCAAGGAAGCUCGCCGGAGGAAACGUGCCGAGAGGGCUGCUCGAAAGAAUGACAAGCCUCUUCCUCCCUCUGUGUCGAACGGGCUGCCCGAUUCUCGAGAGUCGUCAUCCGAUGCUCCAUUGAUGCAGGCAUCUCGCGCGUCCUCGCCGGAUGUGCCACUCAUUCGGACCAGCGCAAUUUUCCACAAGCCUGGUCAACGGUCUAGCUCCUUCGCUUCAGACAUAUCGUCUCUCUUUGUCUCAUCAGAUGACCCAGAGCCAGAAUCCCACUCCUCCAAGGGAAGUCUGCCGCCUUCGACCUUGCCUACGGCUCAGUCUCUGCAGGAUUCGUCUUUUAAUCGUCUGCGGGUGGGCUUGGGUCCUCAAAGCUCGUCUAAGCCGAGCAAAAUAGAACCAGGGCCACCUGAAAUCCCUCGAUCACAACCUUCCCAGGAUUUUGCUAUUCCGGCAAAGAAGACUCAACCAACUCAACCAACUCAACCACUUCCACAAACUUCCGAAUCUGCCGAAACCUCUCGGGCCUCCCACCCUGUCACUGAGAUCUCGAAGACUGCAACCUCGAAGUUAGAUAAAGCCUCUGACAAAGGUCCCAGCCAGAACACUGGCGACAUACCAGCAACUGGAGCCAAGCAGACACGGGAGUCUCAAUCUCAACGAUCACAGACCUCAUCAAGCCAACCUGCCAAGCAGCUAGCAUUAGGGCCUCUUUACACUGCCUUUGCACCCCACAAAUCCAAGGAUCCAGAACCUGACAUAACCCAGCUGGAUCUGCGCAAGCCCACUGAAUUUCCUGCCAGGACAGCUGCUGGAGUGCCCGUUCCAUUUGCUAAAAUGACAGCUUCGGAUAGUUACCGACGGGGCUCUCAGGGUGGGAUCAAAACUACUGCUGCGUCGUCUAGAGCUUCCCUAACUGGGUCUUCCGAAGCCCAUGGCCCUCCCUCGCAGGCGCCUCGGGUCCCUCAAACAGAGAGGCUCGGUCGAUCCCCUCCUAUCUCGCCCCGCGGUCCCCCUCUGCGAUUUGGUGACUCCUACAGACCGAGCCGUUCUCGCCGUAGUCCUCCCCCUCGGCGCCCAGGCCCACGCGAAAGGUCGCCAGAUUCCCGUCGGAGAUCUGACUCGCGAUCUAGAUCGCCUGACCGCUCGUCCAGACCACGAGAGGCUCGUCAAAGAUCUCCAGUAAGCCGGCGGAGAUCCCCAGAUCAUCAUCGGGCAGCCGACUGCUAUCGGCCCGCUCCUUCCCCCUUCGUGACCGUGACGCGUCCAAAGUCAGCCUCCACAUCUACGCGGUCACCUCCUCCUCCGCUUGUGCCCAUUCCAGCUACCAUCACUGAUACCAGGAAUGACACCCCUGUGAACGGCGAUGCGCUGGUUCUGUCCGCUAGGCCUUCAAGUCCAUCUAAAGAACCUCCGAUGUCUGCAAAGGACCAAAUCAAGCGUAUGCCGAUAGGUAAACGCGAGCCUGGCUGCAUGACGUUCCGAAAAAAUAACUAUUUUGUCAACCGCGGUGAAGUUCUGGCACACAUAUAUUUCGGCACAGAAAAACAUCUCGUUGGGGCUGUACGGUUGUGUGGGCUAACGGCAGAGGUGAAAGAUGACCUCCUGGCAGCCAAGGAUGCUGGAGGACGAACUACUAGGUUUGAGAUGUGGUUCAAGGAUGUGUGCACGCCCGAUCAGUAUGCCACUCUGUGUCAAGCCGAGGAAAGUGUAGGAGGCUCCAACAGAGUCUUGCGCACAUGUUGGAUGGAGGGGUUUGCUGACACCAAUCCGGAGUUAUUCCAAAUGUCGGAACUCCUCCGGUGGGAGAAUAAGGUCGGCAUCUAUUACCCUCCCAGAAACGUCGGUUAUGUGUGGCUUGCAUAUUCCCCCAAGUCUCCUGAGUUCACUUACCUCACCCAACCAUAUCCCGACAUCGAUCCUUGGGUUCCCAUCCGCCUUGCUGUGCGAACACCUUUGCCAUCUCUUGAUAGCGUGAAAAACGUUAACCUGAGACAACUAUUGGGCCCUCGACAGCUCCAGUCUCCAGCGUUGGCCAUGGUACCCUAUGGCCCGUCAAACCCAGCACCAACAGGGGCGCCUGGCUCACUCGAUGAGAUCGUUAGACGCUUAGCACAGACUUCUAGCCCUAGCAAUCUAGACAGAUCCAUUCAGAGCCCCGUGGCAGGACCUCCAGACGGACUCGCUUUUGAUGGAGAGCCGGCUCGAGAGAGUGAAUCCGCGAGGCCGACUGCUCUUGCUCAGGCUACAAGCACCCCAGCUGACCCUCGCAUCAGACGUUUGUUGCCUGGGGCGACAGGUACACAGCAACCGCCUCAGGGGCAAGCUAGUCCGGUAGGAGAUGGAUUAGACAAAAGCAACAAGGAACACCCCCAAGAUGCCAACACGAGAGUGCCAUUUGAUCCCAUGGACACUGAGCCGGACAAGACAGUACCCAUCCACGCGGUCUCCUUCAAUGCGGCCACUCAGAAUAGCGCCAUGAAUCAACUGGCUGACCCUAAUUCAAUGCUCAGCGAAUACUUUGAGCACAAUCUCAAACUGAAUUUCAAAGAACUCGCAAAUGUCAAUGGAAAACGGGAUGGUCCUCAGGCGGACGUCUUUUUCCUGCACAUCCCCGAAGGCGAAGAGGCUCAAAAUGACUGCACUCUUCUCAAGGCAUGGCUCGAAACGAAAGGGGCGAUGAUAUGGUCUGACUGGGCAAGAUUUGUCAAAAACAGCAGCAAGUGCAAUGUGAUUCUGUUUCAUGAAUCCUUCGGGAGAUACGAUGCCCUGCGGCCUAAUAUUCGGGAUGCUUUGGGGAGCUCGUCGAUGGGCUUCUGGACCUUCCGUAUCUCGAGGCCGCUUGACUACCCUGACGUGCGGUAUUGCCAACAAGGAGUUUAUUUCCAGCGCAUCUUCAACCGUGGUGGCGCUUAUCUCUUGACUGAGGACGUCCUUCUCUGUUUGAAAGAAGCAAUCGUCAUCGUAUACUUCUUCCAUACGAUUUCGCGAAGCAAUCCCGGUCUGUGGAAAUUGGCUUGUUGGCCAAAUCUGAUAGAACGUCUCGAGGAAAGGCUUGAAGAUUCCAGCGUACCGAAAGAUGAGCAGAAACUUCUUUUCACUCUCGGCUUCUUGAUCAGGAAAUGCAAUUCCAUUGAUCCCGAACUGCCGUCCUUCCACCCUGAUAGCCUUGAUCCCACAAAUCUCGACAGCGCCAACAACAAUGUUGUUUCUCUCAAAGUAGCCGGCUAUGGAGAGCGCUCCGCAGAUGCGACCCCCAACCUGCCGGCGGAUCUCACCCAAACUGAGCGCAACGCGGAUCAUCUAGCCGAAGCCUUUGCAGGCUGGACCAUCGAAAACGCUGCCCGCCUUCGCAAGUCAAAUAUAAUAUCAAACUGCAAGAACGAAGUCUUGCUCAAGAGAUGGGCUGCCUGGGGCCACGUCACUCUCUACAGUGUCGAGUCCUUCAUCGAGAAGUACAAGAUCAACGUGAACGACAUGCUGGACCGGAUCCAGACCAAGUUGAACAAGCCAAGGAAACCGAGCAAGCCAUCCCAAAGUGGACCAUCGAGUGAUAAGGCUCACGCCGACUUUUCGUCUCCCACACAAACCCCCCAGACUCCCAUGGUUGGAGGAGGCGUCCCAACUCCGAAGGAACCACAUGUCGAUCCUUCGACCCAGCGACGACCAAGCGAGUGGAAAGCACCGCAGCCACAAGAAGGUCAUCAGUAUCAGGCGCCCUAUCGUUGA